AGGUAAACUCAGAAAUGCAAUCCAGCGUCCAAAUUGCCUUCCUCUGCGCCCUCCUUGUCGUAGUCGUGUCUUCUUCGAGGCCCUCUCAACCGCCGAAAGCUUGUACGGCUGAGGAACACGCUGAAAUGCCAUGCGUGUGUUGCAAAAAGGACUGCUGGUACACAGUUGCUUCGGCUGCGACACACGAGCUAGGUCAUAUGCCGGGAGAGGCAGGAGAACGAGAAGCGCUGGCAACGCUGCGCCUCAUUCGAGCCUGCAUGAUCAGCGACUGUGCAGACCUUUGUCUCGUCCGCAUCCCAUAUUAAGCAGUGACUGAUAUUUACUUCGCUUCGCACCAUCUAUUGCCACGAACGGUCCUCUAAGGGUCGUUGUGACUCAACCUCUCAGUUUCCAAGUUAACCUUGUUUUGUUCAUGCAUAGGUAGACAAGCAGCUGAAGAGACUGCACUUCAUUUGCCGUUUGAAUUGGGUAAACGCACGAUCUCCUUUAUCCGUAAGCUUCCAUAUUACGUGCUGAUUGCAUUCUAUGUGAAUAAAGAGAAUUAGAAGGAA